AUGAACAUGUCCUCGUGCUUGACCAAUAUACCUUCACGUCAUGGUCGUUGCUGUCGUUGCCGUGGUUGUGUUGUUGUCAAGAUAACGUUAAGCAUAAAGUUGACUAGCUUCCUCUUUGGCCUAGCGUAA